AUGCCCCUUACCUUUCAACCUUUCAUGUGUGCCGCCAUCAGAAAGCAGAUUCCUGCUGGAAUGAAGGAGCAGUUGCUAUCUCACGUUGUGCUGAAGCAAGAGGCGUUGGAGGAGGACAACAAGCUGGUCAACGAGUUUCCCAUCUCCAUCCGUGAUGGGGUCGCAAUGUCCCUGCAUGGGAAAGUGCUCGCAGAUGCAUAUCUGUUUCAGGGCUGCUCAAAGGCGUUCAUUCAGUUCCUGGUUUCACGACUGCGAGUAGAGUAUUUUCUUCCUGGGGAGGUGGUGGUGAGUCGGCAUGACAACAACCAUCAGCUCUAUCUGCUCGUGCAAGGAGAAGUGGAAGAAGUCCAUUUCAGCAGGAAUGGAGCUCGAGUGGCCACGGUGUGGAGUCCAGGGGAGAUGUUUGGGGAGGCGGGCUUGCUCGCCAGCAAGUUCUCCCCCUUCACUGCUCACGUCAAGUCUUUCUGCAAGGUGCUGAGGAUCGAUGGCCAGGUCUUUUCAGAGGCCACUGCGUUUCAUCAGGAGGAUGGAGAGAGGAUUAUUCGCAAUUAUUUGCAGAAAUUUGGGCAAUCUGAAUCUGAACCGCUAGACUUUGGUCAGCCCAGGGCUCGUCGCCUCACAGACACGGCAGAGGAAGUGCGCCGAGCCGUGACUCAGCGGCAGGCACAGCAGACACUGAGCGCCAUACAGCAAGCAGCGCGGGGGGACCUGGAUCACCUCAAGAUGCUGCGAAAGCUUGGAGCAGACUUUUCGAAAGGGGACUUUGACGGCCGGACUGCACUGCACCUGGCCGCCUCCAGGGGCUUUCCGGACAUUUGCAGUUUCAUUCUGCGAGAGGGAGGUUCUGCCAACAGGAAAGACCGCUUUGGUGUGACACCUCUACUGGAAGCCCUUCGAGCAGGCCACAUGCAGACAGCCGAGGUGCUGCGGGAGCACGGCGCCCAAGUCCUCCUGGACGACCCAGCAAGCGAGCUGUGCCACGCGGUGAAGCGCGGUAUGGUGGAGUACCUCGAGCGCCUGCUCUCCUUCGGCCUGGACCCCAAUGAGGCGGACCACGACCUGCGCACGCCCCUGCACGUGGCAGCAGCAGAGGGGUCCGUUGUGCUCGUGCGGCUGCUGCUGGAGCAUGGGGCGGAUGCAUGGGCGCGGGACCGGUUGGGUCACCUGCCGGUGGACGAGGCGUGCCGGAAUGGGGCGAGGCCGGUGAUUGCACUGCUCAAGGAUGGCAUGCGCGUGAAGCUGCCGCCGCUGGCAAGUCGACCACCAGCUGGACGAGCCUCUCUCACUCGUGGAGGCUCGCAGCGCCGUCGCCACACCCACCACCAGCCCUCAUCUUCCAUCGCAGGAGCCCCCGCCGCCAUUACCAACACUGCCACCACCACUACUGGCACAAGUAACACUUCAACCAGCAACACUGGCAGCACUCCCCGCCACUCCCGGCCCAGCAGGCAACGCUCCCAAAGCGUCGACACCUAUUCCGACCAAAUCGAAUCCGCCCCUGACGGCAGCAGCUCGGGAGCUGCGUCCCCCUCCACCUGCCUGCCCUCCGACCCCUUACUCCAGCAGCGCGUGAUGCACCUGCGCCGCCGCCCCACCAGUUCCGUGCACAUCCCCGCUGACCUCCUGGCCGACCUUCCUGCUUCGGUUUUCGAUGAGUACCUCUCAGAGCACCAGACUGCAUCUAAUCAGCCGCUCUUCACCCCUCCUGCGUCACCCCUUGCGCAUCUGCUCCUGCCCAAGCUCCAUGCUGCUGGUUCUUUGACCCCGCCACCCUCGUUUGAUGGCGGCUCUGAGUUGCAGCCUCGCUCGUCCUCAGCAACCUUCCCACUCUCUGAACCUUUACUCCCACCUAUUCCACAUCCACACACCACACACACUGCACAUGCCACCACGCAUGCCGAACACACCGUGCACACAGCACCAUACCGCUCUGCCUCUGCUGCUCUCCCCCCUGCUCCACCUGCCCCUGGCGUAUCCUCUGCUCCCCGUGCACAACAGCGGCCCACGCCCCUCACCAUCGACCCUCUAGACAGAAGCAUGAGUCGCUCCUCCACAGCCCCGCAUUCAUCACUAGACGAAGUCCGCACCCAACUGAUACCAGCCUCACCAGAACCCUCCACUCCCUAUGCGACCAGCCAGCCCCUGUCAGGACCCCUGUUGAGAGUGGGAGAACCGAUCACUCCCUACCCUCAUCGCAACUACAUGCCUGCAGGAUCGUUCUCAGGAUCUUUCAGAGCCUUGCCUCCGCCCCCAACCCCAUCUGUGGCUGUGGCCAACCGCCGUGUCACAGUCUUCCCAUGCCGACCAUGGGACACUGGCCCAGCUGGCAAUCCACCUGGGGAUUCUCCUGGGGAAGAUGAACUUAGCGAGGGAGCUCAUGGAAGGCAACCACGUGACUGUUUGCCUGAUCAGGCUGUGCAUUCAUCAGGGGAUUCUGCAUCGCCUGAACCUGGGAGGGAAGGAGGUGUUGGGAGCCGGGCUGGAGAAGAGAAGAGAUUCAUGGGGCGACCAUAUGGGAAGGUGGUGUUGGUACCCCUCUUUAUGGUCACCCUGAAAGAGCAGCUGAGCACGCUGUUAGGAUUCCCUGUGAGAAUCCUGGUGAAUAAGGAUGGUGGGGAGAUCACUGACACAGAUACUAUUCGGGAUGGAGAUGUCAUUUUUGCUCCACCAUCUGAACCUGCUCUAUCUGAUCCCCUUGCGUGCCAAUCCUGCAGAUGUCGAAAAGUACCAGCACCAGGUGAUUCCAAUCGGUAG